AUGGCGACAGCGACCACAGAGUCCGACUCGAAAGAGUCCACGGCUCAACCUCAACCUCAACCUCAACCUCAACCCCAGCCUCAGCCUCAGCCUAAACCAACUACUUCAGAUCAAAAAUCUCCAAAAUUUUACGGUUAUCUGAUCAACCAGGACAAGCGUCCAACAGCCACCUUUGAUGCUCUGCUGCGUGCCAUCGGAAAUCACAUCUCACUGACGUACCCCGCCAACCCAAAGAUCACAGAAGUUGGCGACAAAGAUGUCCAGGCCUUGACUCCUCAAAAGCUGGCUGCCUUCUACAGGGCUGUCGGCGGAAACUACGAUGCCCUCUUUAUCGAGAUGCCCCACCCCGCCAUUUCUUACAUAUGGCAGGUCACCGGCUGCCAACACUCCAUGCAACCCUCCGACAACGACUUUGACGCCCCUUCCGUCCCCGCCUUGACACAACGAGGUUUCGUACGAUGGGAGAUCAUCGAAAUUCUGCUCGACCCAGAGGAGCAUGUUCCCUUCAUUCAGUAUGCCGUCAAGCACUGGAACUUGAAGCACCCGGAAACGAACGAGCCUUUCCCUCCAGACCUGCCAACUGAGGCCUUCCCUACCGAACCCGAUCCUGAAAUUUCCGCCUGGCACAAGAAAUGCGCGGAGAAGCUUAGGAAAGCCGCCGCUCCCAAAGAAGAUGCUGCCUCGCCCAAGACCGCAGCCCCGUCCCCAAAUUGGCCGCCAAAUAGAGAUGAGCCCAGGGUGAAGGCUGCGUACGUACACGUUCGCAACCCCUACCCGAAGCCGUCACCGCCUCCCCGCGGUCCUCAACCCGACUACUUUGCAAGCCCCGGCCGCCCGGUAGCUUACAACCAUGUACAAGGCCACGGCGGACGUUAUCCUCCGACGCGGUUGAACAUCCCGGCUCGCCUAUGCAUGCAUCGGAGCACCUUCACCCCAAUAGGCCGCCUGUACAACCACGCCGGCACAGCCAACCUCGUCACUACUCAUCGUCUUCGUCAGACUCGGAUGACCCAGGGAGCCCCAGAUCCAAGCGCAGACCCCAUACGCACCAUUCCAAUGAGCCACCUCCGCCAGGCUUCAGGCGCGUACCUCCUCCUGCGCCUGCGCCUGCUCCAGUCCCACCUCUUGGGGCUCGUUUACAUCGUACAGAGCUUCGACCUGACGAUCCGCGCCGUCGUAGCAUCCCCAUUGUUGAGAAAAUCAGCGAAAAGGUCGCAUCCAUCCUCCCAACCGGGCGAUCACCAGACCGUCAACGGAGUACCUCGGGUCGCCGCAGCGAUCCAUCAUCACGCCGUAGCCGCGAGCACCUGCCUACGUCAAAACUGA